AUGGAUAAGUAUGUCACAAGAUCGAAAAUUGGGUAUCCAAGUUCUAGCUCUACCAAUCCAUCUACUGCUUCAACCAUAGCUCCGAAAAUUCAAAAGAAAAUAUUUAUUUCAGAUGUUGAUUUAGAAUCUCUUGAAGCUGAUCCGGGAAUUAGAAAGCCCAUUGCAGAGUAUAAUCCUAAUAUACGUGAUGAUAUUAGGAGAUAUUAUAUUCUUAAAAAGCCUUGCCAACCUAAGGAUCAUAAAUUUCCUAAAACUAAGUUUGGGAAGGAAAUGCGGCAGUUCUUUCCUAAUUGGUUUAAGGAUCGUAAGUGGUUGGAGUAUAGCAUAACAAAAGAUGUUGCAUUUUGUUUGUGUUGCUACUUGUUUAAAAAUGAAUAUGAAAGUCGUGGAGAUGUGGUUGAUGCUGCUUUUACGAAGACCGGCUUUAGAGCUUGGAACAAAGCUACAGAAAGAUUUAGAGCUCAUGUUGGAGAUGUAAAUAGCAUCCACAACAAGUGUUUCAACAAGAUGCUCGAUGUCGCUUGA